AUGAAUCAGGACGGCAUUAAAAACCCCAAUGAUGAGACUAUGGAAAGCAGGCCAACAGCCAAUUUGGAAACGAUUCGCGAAUUGCUGCAAUCUCAAACGAGCGAAGCAGCAGACCUAAAACUUAAUGAAGAUGGCCGAGAGUUAUUGUUUACGGGCGAAUUGAAGGCGUCUUCCACAGACGCCUCAAAAAUUACCGUAUUACUUUUCGACCAUGCCAUACUAUUCGCCAAUAUCAGCUGGAACCAAAGCAGCAACAAGAUUGAAGUUUACCGCCGGCCUAUCCCUCUUGAACUUCUAUUUCUAUCUAAGACGCAGCAGGAAGAUACGCACACAUCUCGCCUUAGACGAUUCUCGUUUCUCAGGUUUAUGAAGGCUAGCAGCGCGAAUACCGUGAGCAAAGAGGCGUGGCCAAUAACCUUUUGUCAUUUGGGGAAAACAGGUUUUGAAUUGACUCUGUAUGCACCCGGUGAGGCAGAUCAAGAGAAAUUGAUGGAUAUUAUCGGCACCGCUCACGAGCGUCUGCGAGUUCAUCCCGAAAUCUCCAAUCCCAGCAUAAUCUUCACCAAUUUCUUCGGGGACUCUAGAAAGAUUAACUGUGCUGUACCAUUUGACCAUGGGCGGAAAAUACUGUUUGGCACAGACAACGGCCUUUAUCUCUCUAACCGUGAGAAACACGACGCGGUCCCCGAAAAAGUGCAUGACGUUCAAAAGAUUACUCAGAUCGAUAUUUUGGAAGAGUAUAAUCUUCUACUGAUAUUGUCGAAUAAUAUUUUACAAUCUUAUCCUCUAGUGAAACUGGAUUUCAAUGAUUUCUCGAUUGGACAAAAUUCGAAGACACUUCAGAAAAAGUGUACCUUUUUUAAGGCUGGAGUUUGCAUAGGAAAGUACAUGGUAGCAUGUGUCAAAUCAGGCUCAUUAUCAACUACGAUCAAGGUAUUUGAAGCAAGUCAUACGAAACCCAGUGGUGAAUCCAUGGAUGGCGGCUACAAUGACCUUGAGUUGUCCCGAGAGUUCUACAUCCCCAAAGAAACAUUUUCAGUGCACUUCUUGAAAUCGAAAAUUUGCGUCGCGAGCCGUCAAGGGUUCGAAGUUAUCUCAUUAGAAACACUUGAAACCCAAAUGCUUCUUGACGAGGCAGAUGCCUCCAUCGAGUUCGCUCUCAAGAACGGCCCUAGGCCUAUUCAUAUACAGCGAAUAGACGAAGAAUUCCUUCUUAAUUACACCGAAUUCUCGUUUUUCGUCGACCGCAACGGUAAGCGAUCUCGACCGGAGUUACGAUUAGACUGGAAUGGAUCACCCCAAAGCUUUGCUCUCAGCUAUCCUUGGAUUUUUGCAUUCGAGCCGAAGUUCAUUGAGCUGAGAAAUCUUGAGACCGGGGCGAUUCAUGUCAUGCCCUACAAAAAUAUCCGUAUGCUUCACUGCAGCUCUCACGAGGUAUGCAAAACUUCAUUCUGA